CUUGGAGAAAACUAGAUUUGAAGUUAAAGCAUUUGGGGGAUCUGAUUAUGGAAGUAAAAAACCCAAUAUCACCCUCCUUCAAGCAAUGCACUCCCUUUGCUUGCAAUCUUUCUCUAUUCGGACAAUAGAAAAACCAGUCAGGCCUAGUUUCUCCCAGCCAAACCAACAUGAAAUCCUCUGUUUCCUUCAUCAUUUUCCUUCUCUAUUCCCUCUCCAUCAAUAUAAAAACAUGCCUAUCAGACAGUGGCCCACUUCAGGACACUUGCCCCACAUCACCCGAAGUCGGAAAACCCAUAUUCAUCAACGGAUUCCCAUGCAAGAAUCCGGCCACCAUCAUUGCUUCCGACUUCAAGACCUCAAAACUCAACCAUGCGGGGGAUAUCGACAACUUCCUGCGUUCAUCGAUGAAUGUUGUCACUGCUGCUGAUUUCCCUGGCCUAAACACUCUCGGCCUAUCGGUUGCUAGGACCGACAUCGCGGUCGAUGGCAUGGUCCCGCCUCACUCUCACCCACGGGCUUCAGAGAUGUUCUACGUGAGCCGGGGCAUCAUAAUUGCCGGAUUCAUUGACAGUUCCAACCGUUUGUUUCAAAAGAUUCUACGUGAAGGCGAUGUGUACAUGUUCCCACGCGGGCUGCUCCACUUCAGCGUGAACGGUGGGUAUGAUCUUGCGACCGCAUUCUCUGUACUGAACAGCCAGAAUCCAGGCGUUGUGCACAUUGCAGGCGCCAUGUUCAUGUCGGAUUCGAACAUGGAGUGGCUUGUACAGAGAAUCAGGAACGCAACGAUUGGUGCAAUGCCACAUUUGAUUGUUGAUAAUUAAAAUUGGAAUAAUCAGCUACUAUGGUUUAAUAUAUAAGUUGGAUUAAUGCUGAGGUGGUGAUGAAAUACAGCACACUUGAAGUUAUCUUUGUGAAAAAUGCAAAUAAUAUGAAAGUAUGAUGCUGUAUUUAUUCAGGGCUUGUUUGGUUGCCACUUAAAAAAUGAGUCUAUCUCAUUUUGUUUAUUUGUAAUGAUAUAUAAGAGAUGAUUUGGA